CCCCCAUAAACACCACUCCAUAUCAACUCAUCAUCGAAUCACAUUUCCAUAAACAUUGUCGGUUUAUUAAAUCCCCAAUUUCUCUCUCCUUAACUUUGCUCAGACUUAUCCGAUCUAGGGUUCAUACUUCUUGUUCCCUCUUUUAUCGGAUCAGGUCUGAGCAUUUUAUAUCCACAUCAACUCUCCGGUUCGCAGAUCCUUAAUCACAAGCCUAGUUUUCAUGUCUGAUAUCGACGUUCAGAUUCCUGCUGCUUUUGAUCCUUUUGCUGAUGCAAAUGCUGAGAACUCUGGUGCUGGGUCAAAAGAUUAUGUGCACAUCCGUGUACAACAGAGGAAUGGUAGAAAGAGCCUGACAACAGUGCAAGGAUUGAAGAAAGAUUUCAGCUACAACAAGAUUCUCAAGGACCUUAAGAAGGAGUUUUGCUGUAAUGGUACUGUGGUUCAGGACCCAGAACUAGGCCAGGUUAUCCAACUGCAAGGUGAUCAACGAAAGAAUGUGUCUACCUUCCUUGUUCAGGCUGGAAUUGUGAAGAAGGAACACAUCAAAAUACAUGGUUUCUGAGUAACGGCGAUCUUAGAUCUGUACUUGUUCUUGUGCCUGUUCUGUGUCACGGUUCUAUGGUAGCGACAUUGUGGAAACCAUAAUUUUAAUAAUUCUGGUGACUGGCGUACAUGUGUGUAGUAGUGUGUUAUAAUAACUCUGGUUGUUAGGAUAUAUUUGUGUGGGCAGUGCUUCUGUUUCUGUGUCAUGCAGAGCAGCACAUGGAAUAUGAGACGGAUGUUAAUGUCUUUGACAAUAAUGGUCUAUAUUAUGAUGUAAUGAUGGAAGGUUUGCUUAAUUCUGGUAUUUGUCUAAUGUAAAGAUGUCUGUUCUACUGUUUGCCCGUGUUU